UCUUUGAAUGAAACCCGAAUAUAAAGCAAAUAGAAUACUAUCCUGAAGCUCGUCAUAUAGCCCACAUCAAUACCUUCUCUUUGAAAAUGGACGCCCCAGAGUAUGACCGAGAUGCACAUCUUCAGAGAGUUUCGGGAGAUCUGGUUACCAACUUUGACCGCUCUCUCGUGCCUUUUCUAAGAACGCCAAAUGGCCAACUACGGAGACGAGUGCGUAUGAGGGAAACAGAUAGAUUGAUAUCCCAUGACCUUGAGCCAUUUCAAGAGCUACCGCAGUUAAUCGAUCCUUAUCUAUCCAAGUGGUUGCCAGCUUUAGCAGAAGCAUAUUUGGAGUGCUUGCAGGACCGUCGAAAGUCCAGGUCACUGUCUAUGAGGUCUCAGCUUUUACUCCCGCUCCAUGAUGCGGUCUGCAAAAUAAUCUAUACGUUCUGCAAGGUUCGAGGAGAAAAGGUUAUCGUUAGGUUCUUGAACGUAGAGACCAGAUACCUAGAGCUUCUAUUAUAUGCUAUCGAAGAAUCCGAGCGCCAGGCUGAUCCCAACACUUCAUGGACCUGGCAUGAGAGGUAUAUAGUAUUGCUUUGGCUAUCUCAGCUCUUCUUCGCCCCUUUCGAUCUUUCAACUAUAUCAUCUGGCGACGCCGACGAUCUCGAUCGUUUCACCAUUCCUGGGUUUGAGUGGCCAGACCGAAUUCCGGGUAUCACCUUGAGAGUGAUUCCACUGGCAAUAAAAUACCUUGCCGUACCCGGGAAAGAGAGGGAUGGAGCCAAGGCUCUCUUGGUCCGCGUGGCGAUGCGAAAAGACAUGCAAGAAUUAGGUAUUCUAAAUGCACUGAUCCACUGGGCGUUGUCCACUCUAAAGCCAUCAAAGGAUGAUGACCCAGCUCAGUCCCCUUACUACUAUAUCGGUACCCUCUCCUUUUUAGCAGGGAUACUGGGUUCCGCCGCAGAUACAUCUAUCAUGGAUUCAUAUUUAUCUACUAUUUUUGAGGCUGUACAAGCCAUAGGUGGUCAAGAAAAUCCCGCUUUUGGCGUCAUCAAUGGUUCUGCACUUGCUCGAAAAAUGUUGAUCAAGGUCACCCGUUCGGUAGUCACUUUAAUCUUGCGGAAGCUGCAGCAAACUGAUCAAGAUACGGAAACGGUAGAAGCAUCGAUCGGGUAUCUUCUUGAAAGGGUGGCAGAUAACGAUACGCCAGUACGUUUAGCUGCCAGCAAAGCUCUCAGUAUCAUCACACUCAAGUUAGAGCCCGAUAUGGCCUCCCAAGUCAUUGAGGCAGUUCUUGAAUCGCUGAAUCGGAAUGUUCUUUGGUCAAAGGAUAAAUCGAACCCGUCUGCUCCCCCCACCCGAAACCUGGCAGCCGUGGAUCCGCUAGAAUGGCACGGCCUGAUGCUUACGCUCUCACAUCUCCUAUACCGGAGGUCGCCACCCCCUGAAAACUUGUCUGACAUCAUACAUGCCCUGUUGAUGGGACUUUCCUUCGAGAAACGAAGCCCAUCCGGAGUUUCGAUUGGUACGAACGUCAGAGAUGCGUCUUGCUUCGGUAUCUGGGCUCUUGCUCGUCGAUACAGCACUGCUGAGUUGCUCCAAGUGCAAACACAAUCUGUGCUUGUUGCCAGGGGCCACGACUCUGCUGCGUCGAUCCUGCAAGUAAUCGCAACUGAAUUGGUGGUAACUGCCUCGCUUGAUCCGGCAGGAAACAUAAGGCGUGGUGCGUCCGCUGCCCUUCAGGAGCUCAUCGGUCGGCACCCCGACACAGUGGAACAAGGUAUUGCUGUCGUGCAGAUAGUCGAUUAUCAUGCCGUAGCUCUACGCUCAAGAGCCAUACAUGAAGUUGCCCUGCAAGCGACUAGACUAUCCCCGCAUUACGGUCGUUCACUGCUAGAGGCAACUCUUGGGUGGAGAGGCAUCGGUGAUAUGGACGCAGGAGCUCGGAGAGUAGCCGCUACUUCAUUUGGAAGUCUAACUGCAGAAUUCAUCGGUGCCGAAACCUCUGGUACCCUGAAGCGUUUUAACGAUUCAGUUGAACAGCUCAUGCCCCGACUUAAAGCUCUCCAGGUAAGGCAGGUGGAGGAACGGCACGGCCUCUUGUUGAGUCUUGCGGCUGUCUUUGACCUGCUUCCGUCACUUCUCAAAGAAAAACAGACUGGAUCCUCUGACAAGGUACCGGUAGCUGAGCUUGUCGCUUCCCUGGAGGAAAUUUUACUGGACGCAAAGACUACCAAGUACAGGAAACCGGAGCUGAUAGCCGAGGCCGCCGGCGCACUUGUCGUGGCCGCAAUUCCGGCCCUCUUGCUGGUGGCUGCUAAGGAUGAUAUACCAGACCUUCACACCACGACCCUGCAACCCGGUAUCAACCUUGACGACGAGUCCAAACUCGACUUAUUGAGGACAAUUGGAAACUUAGUAGAUUCAACACAAACGGACUGUCUCAAGCAAUUCGAGGGAUUGUUUGCGGCUUUGCGAGACAUCUUGAAUGCUUGGCUUGACAGAAAUGAGAGCGAAGUCCUACGGACCUCAUCCAUGGCAGCUCUAGUUCUCGUCAUCUUCGCCAACCAGGAAUGUCGAACACAAGUUGUUGAAGAGUGGUCUAACAAAGUGCGCCGCCCGCAGGCGCAGGCGUCACGCAACAAGCAUGGAGACGGCUUCUUUCACGCUCUGGCUCGUGCGUACCAGGCCCAGAAGGACAAGCACGACCAAUCUACUGGUGUUUCGGUGAGCGAGGUACUCGGAGAGAGAUGGACAAGUGAUAGCGAUAUUGAGACUCGGGUGGCGCUGCUGCGUAGUCUCAUCGGCAGAACCAUCCUUCAAGACAAGGCCUUGUACUUUCUCAACAUUAUAUCAGAAGGUCUGGAUGACUAUACGACGAACGCGCGUGGCGACAUUGGUUCUUUUGUCCGGUUAGAGGCGAUCAAGGCUACCAAGACUUUAUGGGACGUCAAAAGGGACGAUGGACAGGUUAUAUCCGCCCUCUUCCCUCGCAUACUACGACUUGCCGCGGAGAAGCUGGAUCGAGUUCGUACGGAGGCGCAGUCUGCGCUGGCCAUGUUUCUAAACUCUGAACACGCCGAUACUUUCCGCGGACUAUCGUUCUCCUCCAAAGAACACUUCUCCUUUCUCUUCCAUCUCUGCGACACGCAGCGAUUAGACCCAACCAUAGCCCAGUCCUGGACCCUCAGCGCAGACGACUGCAUCUCCACGCUCCUCGCCGGCCUCGUAACGUCCGCCGACACGGGAAACGAAGACCUAGUCAUCGUCAGCCGCGCCGCGCUCGCCGACUUCUGCGCCGAGUCCUCCCAGAACCUAACGCGAGCCUGCGCGGCGCUGCUGCGGAACCUCAAGGCGUACCAGGGCCAGGACCGCGUCGUCGUGCCCACCCUCGAGGUCACCGCGUACCUCUUCCACGUCGGCCUGCUGCGCCGCUGCCCCGACAUCAUCAGCCUCCGCGGCCUCUGCCUCCUCGUCCAGAAGGCCGCGUACAAGACGGGGAAUAUCCGCAAGCUCGAGGCCGCUAUCAAGGUCUACGGCGCUAUUGCGGGGUUGCCGAGCCCCGCCGAGGAAACUACUACUACUACUACUAUUACUACUACUGUCUCGUCGGAUAUAGAAGGGGUGGUGAAGCGACGCGAGGGGGUUAUAGAGGCGAAGAAGAGAUUGGCGGGCCUAAUGGUGCAUCCGUGGCCUAGGGUGCGGAGUCUCGUCGUGGAUGAGCUUUGGGGUCUGGUGGAUGGCGGUUGGGAGAAGGAGAAGGAGAAGGAGAAGGAGAAGCAGACGAAGCUUCUGGGCGUGGAUUGGGGGAAGGCUGAGAAGUCUGCCGUGAAGAAGGUGGUGGUUGAGCUGGGGCUUGAGUGAAGUUUGAGCAUGAGUAGGUAGGUGAAGGCGUUGAUAUAGGGGGUAUGUAUGUACCUAGUAGUAUCAACACAAGGAAAAAGACAUUGCCUAGUAGAAAGGGAAAAUAUCUAAGUGCCUAGGCGCAAUUGUGAAGAUCAGGAUGUUUUGAUAGAUAUCACUACGGAUUAUUGGCUUUCGAAGUAGACAAGGACUGAU